UUUUUAAAUAAAUUAUACGUGUAACAAUGGCGUUUUCUGUUAUCAGAAAUGGUGUUAGACUUUCUAGGAAGAUUUUCGAUAAAGAGGCGGUCUUCAGUAAUGCUUCGUACAGUGCGAAAAGAGAAUUUUCAGUCAAUAAGUUAAAAACCUGUCGUUGUGUCUCUUUACUCAAUGAGCUUCCCCAAAAGAACCAAGCUAUGAUAAGCAGGGAAUACAGCAAACAGACCAGACCUAAACCUGGCAGUAAAUAUUCCUCAGAAUCUGAAUCAGACAGCGAUUUGGUUCAGCUUGGACACAGGGGUGAAUCUGAAUUCUACAGAAGGAAAAUACGAACUUUUCACAACAUCAUAGAUGUCAACAAAGACGGCGUAUUAUCAUACCAUGACAUGGAAUUACUUAUGGAACGAUUUAUAGCCUUAGGAAACAUAAGCAGCGAUCACAUCAACGAAUUUAAAGAAAUCAUCAAGGAAUGGUGGGUCAAAAGAUGGGGUGAAAUCAGCCCCUACACCCUCAUCACUGUAGAAGACUAUUUGGAAUACAUGCAUCAUGUUCUGAACGACAAAGAAUUGGUCAGGAGAGCUCAUUCCUUCAUUCCCUACAUCUUCAGGGCAAUCGAUAAGGACCAAUCCGGUUCCAUCACUUUGGACGAGUACAAACUCUUCUUCCAAUGUCUAGGACUUCCAGAAAAGGAUGCCAUUCUUGCGUUCAGGGCCAUAGAUUCGAACGGUGACGGCAUAAUAACCAUGAAGGAGUUCGUGAAGCACGGCAGAGAUUUUUUCGUUACGGAAGAUGAGAAUAGGAUUAGCAAAUAUUUCUGGGGACCUCUGGUACAAUGAGAGCCGACAUGGUUUUUAAUGUUGAUGAUCAUCAAUUGUAUUUGUCAUGUUUUUUACUAAAAUAUUGAUAGGUAUGUCGAGUCGUAUUUGCUGGGUGAUACAUUUUCUACGAUUUAUAAUAGGUAUUAAAUAUUUUUAUAAAUA